CUACUUCCCGUAUUAAUAAAUGGCGAAAGGUCAAUGCCAUGGCCAUUUCCUACGGAGCACACCGCCGUUAACUUACUCACGGCCACUGCCCCAUUUCCCCGGAGCUUUUCGAGAUGGCACCGCUGCAGGCGGAGGCGCCGGCGGCGAUCAAGGCACUGUUCGCCGAUUACUCGGAUAAUGGGAUCGUGACCAUCGAUCAUUUCCACAGAUUCCUCAUUGAGAUCCAAAAGCAGCUGGAUUCUACAAGGGAUGAUGCGAUUGCAUUGUUUCAACAAAUUGGUGUGCAGGCCGGGCAGGGUUUAGAUCUUUACGGGUUCUUCAAGUACAUCUCCGAUGAUUUGAACUCUCCUCUCCCUCUUAACCGUGGGGUGCACCAUGAUAUGAAUGCCCCUCUGUCUCAAUAUUUCGUAUUUACUGGGCACAAUUCAUAUCUGACUGGAAAUCAACUUAGCAGUGACAGCAGCGAUGCUCCCAUUAUAGAUGCGUUGAAACGAGGUGUGAGAGUGAUUGAAUUGGACAUAUGGCCUAGUUCAUCUGGAGAUGAUGUUCAUGUUUAUCAUGGGAGGACACUGACAUCUCACGUGGAGCUUAUCAGAUGCCUAAAGUCUAUCAAGGAGUAUGCAUUUAUUGCAUCAGAUUAUCCAGUUAUCAUCACCUUAGAAGACCACCUCACACCUGAUCUUCAGGCUAAAGUGGCUGAGAUGGUCACUCAAACCUUUGGAGACAUUCUGUUUACUCCUGGCUUAGUAAGCUUAAAGGAAUUUCCCUCCCCAGAAUUGUUGAAGAAACGAAUUCUCAUAUCAACCAAACCUCCAAAGGAAUACCUUGAGGGAAAAGAAAUUAAAAAGCAGGGUGAUAUGGAGAGUGAAAAAUCUUGCCACAUUCAAGCUGAUGACAAGAAUGAACCCGAUGAAGAUAGCGAUGAUGAGGAAGAUGGAGAUAUAAACUCGAGCCGAAAAGUAGCCCCUGAAUAUAAACAUAUAAUUACCAUUCAUGCUGGGAAGCCUAAAGGUGGUUUAGAUGUAAGCCUGAAAGUGGAUUCUGAAAAAGUGAGACGACUCAGCUUAAGUGAGGAGCAACUUGAAGAUGCUGCAGAAACUCAUGGAAGAGAAAUUGUCAGGUUCACCCAGAGGAAUAUUCUUAGAGUCUACCCAAAGGGUAUUCGUGUAAACUCAUCCAACUACAACCCACUGAUUGGAUGGAUGCAUGGAGCUCAAAUGGUUGCUUUUAACAUGCAGGGACAUGGAAGAUCACUUUGGUUGAUGCAUGGAAUGUUCAAAUCCAACGGUGGGUGUGGUUAUGUGAAGAAACCGGAGUUUCUAUUGAAGUCUGGUCCUCACGGCGAGGUCUUUGAUCCUAGAGCUGAGUUACCUGUGAAGAUAACUUUGAAGGUGAAAGUCUAUAUGGGGGACGGAUGGCACAAUGAUUUCCACAAGAAAGAUUUUGAAGUCUUUAGCAAGCCAGAUUUCUAUGUUAGGGUAGGAAUUGUUGGAGUCCCUGCUGAUAGCAAAAUGAAGAAGACAGAAACUGUGGAUGACAAUUGGAGACCUGUUUGGGAUGAGGAAUUUCAGUUCCCAUUAACUGUCCCGGAACUGGCUCUUCUUCAGAUUGUAGUUAACGAGCAUGACAUGUCUGAAAAGGAUGAUUUUGGGGGACAAACAUGCCUCCCCAUAUCCGAAUUACAAAGAGGGGUUCGCGCAGUUCCUCUUCAUGAUCGCGAUGGAGUGAAGUUUGGUUCUGUGAAGCUGCUAAUGCAUUUCGAUUUUGUGUGAGUGCAUUUGCUGUGUUUUUUCUUUUUGUGGUAGUGUAGAGACUAUGGGCUUGUUUUCUUCACCUGAUCUGAAUGAUUCUGAUCUGGUCUGAUAUGAUCUGAAUGUAGUUUUAUUUAAAGUUGUUUCCGAUCUAAACUGAAGUGAUACCAAUAAGAAUAAGUAAUAAGUAACAAGGAUAAGUUGAAGAGAACCGGCACCCGUAUUAGUAAUGUUUUUUGUGAACUGGUUGGUCACCUAUAAUAAGAGCAUUUUCUUUUUCUCUCUUGUACUGUCCCACAAAAGUGUAGUUUUUGUAACCAAUGGAUUGCCUAGUUUAAAGUUUAAACACAUGCUUCCAUGUGUGGGUCUUUCUUGUAAAGGUGUUAUGAUAUUAUCCUAUCAUUUGGACAAGUUU